AUGCAACAGUUUAAAGAAAUUAAAUUAGAGAAUUAUGAUAAUGAAAAAUUAAAAGAAAUCGGAAAAUCACAAGGAAUUUUUAAUUAUCGUUAUGGUGAUAGUGACAAUGAAGUGUAUGAUAGUGAUGAGGAUUCUGAACGCACAAUUCCAGAAAAUAAAGAAAAUACCUACAAUAUCAUAAAUAAAUAUUUUACAGCAAAAGAAAAUUUACCAAAAUUUUUAGAAAAAGAAAAUAAAGAUAAAACAUUAUCAAUCAGACCACAAGGGUUUGCAAAUAAAGAAGUUAACAGUACUGAAAAGUUGUUUUGGAGGGUUUUUAGAGAUAUAUUUCUUUUCAAAAAAAUUUUUUCAAACUUUACAUUUUCGAAAACCCAUGGAUAUGAUAGAUUAUUUGGCGUUAGCCCUAUCCUUCAAAAAUUCAGUAAUGGCACAAGUAUAGUUUUAGACAAGUUAAAAAGUGGGGGUUAUUUAGCAAUUGAUAAAGGACCACAAAAUGGUCUAUAUCAAAUUUUUAAACAAAUAGAUAAAGAUACCGCUGAAAACAGAGAAUUCUAUAAAAUAUUAUUCACAACUAAUAAGGAUUGGUUCUUAUUUUAUAUUAAAGUAGUAGAUCAAAUUUUAUCAAGUUCUAAUUUAUUCGCUUUGGAGCAAUUUUUCAAAUAUUUUGGUAUUCAAAAAGAAACUAUUCAAAACUAUUUCAAAGAAAUGGAUGAAUAUGGAAGAACCAAUAAAUAUAAAAUCAAAUCUUUAAAGGAUUUCCAACUAUAUAUAUAUUUAAAAUCAUUAUCAAUUGAAAUUAUACAUGUUGAUAUCAAUAUCCUUAAUCUCUUUGAUGUCUCUGUUAAAUUAAAAGACUUAAUCGAAAUUGAUCUAGCACUUUCAAAUAUCGCAAAUAGUGAAGAUAUAGCCUCCCAAUUCACUAAUGAACAAUUAAAUUCAUCUAUUAUCCAACUAUUAUCACCAUUAUUAGAUGUCAAACUAUUUGAAUCUAAUCUACCAAAGAAAGAUACCGACAAUAAUAAUGCUCAAUUAUUUGAAUUGAGAACAGACUAUUCAAGUAUUGUAACCAGAUAUUAUAUCGAAGAAAUAAAUGCUUCAAAACAAAAUAAUCCAAUUACCAACAAUAGUAACAAAUACCAUAAACUUAAAUUAAAUAUUUAUAAUAUAUUCGAAAGAAUUAAUUUAAUUCAAAAACAAAAGUCAAUAUUUUAUUAUUUAUUAUUCAAAGAUAGUGAGACCAUCAGAAAGAUUAUCCAAGAUAACAAUACAUCUGAUGGAAUUGAAACUAUGUUGGGAUGGGUUUUUUCAAGUGAUAAUUUGCAAUUAAUAGCUCAUCUCACAAACUUUUUGAGUUACAGUGAUUGGUCAACUACCGAACUAUACUACCCAAUGGCUCAAACCAAAUCAACUAUAGUAUUGGACUAUCUAUUUUAUAACCAUCAAGAAAUUUUCUUUAAAGAAAACAACGAUAUAUAUAUUCUUAUAGAAGAUAUUAAUAUUUUACAACAUUACGAACAAUUAAUGAAUUCAUUAUCAAGAAAACUAUCAAUUAACUUUAAACGAUACCGUCAAAACAACUUCAAUGCAAAUAAUAGUGGUAUUAUUGAAAGAUUGAUUAGAGCAGCAAGUUUUCCAUCAAUAUACACUGUCAAUGAUUCAUCACAAGAAGAAAAAACAGAAUUCCUCGUAUCAAUUUUUGUCAGCAAGGACAUUAAAAGAUUAGCAAAUAUUGAUUAUAUGGUUUUACUAAAGUUUUUGACAAUUUACCAAUUCACUCAACUCAAUUUAGAUAUAGUAUUUCAACAUUAUACUGGUGGUAUCCUUAUCUUUUCAUCAUGGUUAAAAGAAAAUGGCAAAGUUACUGUUCUUUCAGAUAAUUACCCCACAUAUCAUAUAUCUAUCACUCUGGGAGAUGGUAGUGAAAAAAAAGAAUUUUUGUUUUUAACAAGUACUUUCUCGUACCUCAGAAUGCUUUACUCCUGUAAACACUAUGACGACAUUAUAUCAAUAAUUAAAACCUUCUCGAUAAAACAAGUUAUUCAUUCUAUUUCCAGCUUAGUGUGCAUUACAAAUAUAUCGCAUGUCUUUAUCAAAACCAUUUUAAGAGAAUUUGCAAUGAACUCUGAUGAAGCUUUUAAAUCAAAAUUUUAUAAGAUUUUAAAGAAUAUAAUUGUUUCAGGUAAUUUACCAGUAUUGAAAUAUAUUGCCAUCAACUACAGCGAAUUAUUUUUAGCAAAUAUUUUAACCAUAUCAAACUUUUCAAUCUCAAAUGACUCUUUAGAUAUAUUUAAAUUCCUUUUAAAUUUUAUAAAUAUCACCCAAGAUGAUUGUGAUAAAGUAAUUUACCAAUCAAAUAGAAGGGGUAGAUUAAUUUAUAAAUAUCUUGAUAUAAAAAAAAAUAAAUAA